UUACUUGCGCCACCCUUCUUUGCAACAAAAAAUAUCGGGUGGGCAGCUCGUCCACCACGAGACGUUAAAAAAACUUCGAUUCUAUUCUGCUUGAAGUUUUUAACCAAACAUAAUGAGUGGUCGGAACCGGGGGAAAGGAAAGAAAGGUGGAGGAGGACCCUACCGCAAUGUCAAAGCGAAUCACAAUUGUGCCCGCAGCUUUGCGCAGCAGGCCAAUGAACUGGCCAGCAGCAGCAGCAGUGAGACCGACAGCUCCGGCUCGGAAUCCUCGGGAAAUGGAGCCCAAAAUGAUCUCGGCCAGCCGCCAGAAUUCGCGGUGGCUAUGUGGGACCUAAACCACUGCGACCCAAAGAAGUGUUCGGGCAGGAAACUGGCGCGCCUUGGCCUCAUUUCAAAUCUUCGACUGGGUCAGAAGUUUCCUGGUCUUGUCCUCUCGCCCGUUGGUCAGUUGUGUGUAAGUCCGCUGGACCGGGAUGUGGUGGCCUCUUCGGGCGUGGCCGUCAUCGACUGCUCGUGGGCCAAGCUGGACGAGACGCCCUUUGGCAGGAUGCGCAGCCCACAUCCGCGACUGCUGCCCUUCUUGGUGGCCGCUAAUCCCAUCAACUAUGGAAAACCAUGCAAGCUUAGCUGCGUGGAGGCCAUCGCCGCCACUCUAUACAUCUGUGGAUUCGCGGAGGAGGCUCGCUGGUUUCUGGGCAAGUUCUCAUGGGGUCAUGCCUUUCUGGAGCUAAACGACAAGCUCCUGAAUGAGUAUGCAGCCUGCAAGAGCAGCGAUGAGAUUGUCAAGGUGCAGAAUGAAUAUCUGGAGAAGGAGCAGCAAGAGCGGGAUAAGCCUAGGGAUCUCCGCGACUUCUAUCCCACCAGCAGCAGUAGUAGUAGUAGCGAAACGGAGAGCGAGGACGAUGAUAAAGACGCGACAGCGAAACCGAAGAAAUAAUCUUUACAAGGUGCUGAUAUUUAUUAGCAUUACCAUUAGCUUAUGACAAAA